AAAAAUAGAAUUUUGCUAAUAUUUCAAUCAAAAAAAAAGUAAAAAGUUAAAAAUAUUAGCACGAAGUUGUUAACCAUCAAAAUAAAAACGUAACGCAAGUUUGUUAAAUGAAAAAUUUUGUCUGACACGAGAAAAGAAAUUUCGAGUGAAAGAAAAAAGCAACAACAAAAAAGUAGACAACGGGCGAAAAAGUACAGUGAAAUUUGUAAGAAGGAAAAAAGAAGGAGAAGAAAUAGUGAGUGAUAGUGCAUUCGUCUGCAAAAACAAAUUAUCAAAAGUUGAGAAUUCAAAGAAGAAAAAGCAACAACAACAGCAGCUAUUUCCCACAAUACUUGUCGUUCCUUUUUAGAGAGAAGCAAUUGAACAAACAAUCGUUGACGGAUCAGGGAGGAAAAGCACUGAGUGUUAACCAAAGUAAAGCCAAAGAUUACUAAAAUAACCUACUGUUUGUUUGCUUUCAAAAAAAAAAAAAAAACCAGGACAACCACUUGUUUGAAACCCACCAACGUAAGUUUUUGUCUGUCUUGGAUCAUACGGUGCGCAAAGGAUCCAUUAACAACUAAAGUGAAUUAUAAACACUGCUGAAAAAUACCAACAUAGCGUGGUCUAACAGCUUUGCUUGAUAUCUCAGCGUUCAAUACAUUUGAAAGCGAGGAAAGAAUUCUAUAGAGGCAUUUCGGCGGCUAUCACUUGCAGACGCGCUUUAACAUUUUUGUUUAUAUUAACGAACAUCGUAACCGGAUCAAUAAAACGGCCUUUUAAUGAUGUCGUCCGACCAACAGUUCUUUUUAAAAUGGAACGAUUUCCAGACAAAUAUGGUUACGUCAUUUCGACAUCUAAGGGAUGAAAAAAGUUUCACAGAUGUAACUUUGGCCUGUGAAGGACAAACAUGCAAAGCACACAAAAUGGUACUAUCUGCUUGUAGUCCGUACUUCAAAGCACUACUUGAGGAAAAUCCUUCUAAACAUCCGAUCAUUAUACUCAAAGAUGUGUCCUAUAUACAUUUGCAAGCAAUCCUGGAGUUUAUGUAUGCCGGCGAAGUGAACGUAUCGCAAGAACAAUUGCCUGCUUUCCUUAAAACAGCGGAUCGUCUCAAAGUGAAAGGUCUUGCAGAAACACCCAGUUCUAUAAAGCGAGAAGGUUGAUACUAUUAAAUCAUUCUCAAUUGUCGUAUACAAAAAAAAAAAAA